AGCAGCAGCAUUUCCUCCAUCCAGACCACGCCAUCCUAGCCAUUUUCUCGGUAGUAAGUCUGACGCGUUUGGUCGUGCAGGCCUGCAGUCUACCUUUUACUGUAAGCGAGUUGCGGCAGCUGCAUUAAAUCUUAAUCGGCGACCGGCUUUAUUCGGUGAUUCUUUUCCACCGAAAAUAAGCAAUCUUUUCCGCCUUUACCAGUGCUUCGCUGACCGUGAAUCUACGCAGCAUGGCGUCGUUAGCGAACGCUGCGAGCGUUUCAAUCUCAUCGCAACUUCGCUCCGUCGCCGCCAAGCCUUUGCACGUCGCACGCAACAACUCCCGCUCCGCUUCCUUCGCUCUCAGCACCAGAACCAACCGCUCCAAACCGAGACCCUUCUCCCUAAAAGCAUCAGCGCAGGCUUCCUCGUCGGAGGGUCCGAACGAGGACGCGGGAGCAUGGACCGUAUCCAACGACUAUCCCGAAGAUUACGUAUUGGUGUCGACAGAUCCGGAGGAUCUCGAGGCGACGCUGAGGAGAAUCGCCGAGGAGAACGAGGAGCUCAAGCGGAAGGUCGCGGUGGCAACGGCGGCGGCGUCCGCGCAAGCGGCGCAAGCUGCGGAGGAGCGCAAGUCGGAGGUUGACGUCACCAGGCCCCGCGCCGGAGCUGUGGCCCCGUCCGCUCCGCCGCCUGACGUCGCAGCGGUUAUCGCCGCGUCGCCUUCGACGGGUGGUGCUCCUGCUGUGGCGCCUCCUUCCCCGUCGCCAUCCCCUGCUGCUCCUGUUCGGGAGAAGAAGUCAAAGGCAGCCGCCGCUCCUGCCGAGUCAGUCAGCGACGCAGCGUCAGCGUCGCAGCGCAACGCGGAGCUGGAGAGGGACAGGGAGAGCGCCAAGACCUCGGCCGAGGGCAGCGAUGGCGCCAUUAAGAAGACCGAGAACCCCAUCAGCAUUGUCUUCGUGGCAUCUGAGGUGGCGCCUUACUCCAAGACUGGAGGCCUUGCUGACGUCACAGGCUCGCUCCCGUUGGCUCUGGCGGCACGUGGCCAUCGUGUGAUGGUGGUGGCGCCUCGGUACAUGAAUGGCGUUACGGACAAGCUCUAUGCUGGCGCGUUCGACUGCCAGUGUCGCAUCAAGUGCUUCCUCUACGAGGGCGAGCACGAGGUGGCCUUCUUCCACGAGUUCCGUGAUGGAGUUGACUUCGUGUUUGUGGACCAUCCGUCCUACCAUCGCCCUGGCACGCCCUAUGGUGACUCCAGGGGAGCAUUCGGCGACAAUCAGUUCCGUUUCGCCCUGCUGUGCCAUGCAGCGUGCGAGGCGCCCCUUGUGCUGCCCUUUGGCGGGUUCACGUACGGCGAGAAGGUGGUGUUCGUCGCCAACGACUGGCAUGCUGGACUCGUCCCUGUCCUCGUGGCAUCCAAGUACCGCCGCUAUGGAGUGUACAAGGACGCGCGCACCAUCAUUGCCAUCCACAAUCUGGCGCAUCAGGGCGUGGAGCCCGCAUACACCUUCGGCAGCCUGGGCGUGCCUGGGGAGUGGUACGGCGCGCUGGAGUGGGUGUUCCCCGAGUGGGCGCGCAAGCACGCCCUGGACAAGGGCGAGGCCGUCAACAUUCUUAAGGGCGCGAUUGUCACUUCUGACAGGGUCCUCACAGUCAGCCAGGGCUAUGCGUGGGAGAUCACAACAGGGGAGGGCGGAUGGGGGCUGGACGGUCUGCUGAGAGGAAGAAGCAUCGUGCUCAAUGGCGUGACUAACGGCAUCGACACGGUGGACUGGAACCCCGCCACGGACAAGCACAUCCCGUCGCAGUUCACAGCAGAGGACCUCGAGGGCAAGGCGGAGUGCAAGGCGGCGCUGCAGAAGGAGCUGGGGCUGGCCGUGCGACCGGAAGUACCCCUGAUCGGCUUCAUUGGCCGUCUGGACUGGCAGAAGGGCCCGGAUGUGAUCCAAGCAUCACUGCCGGAGCUCAUGUCUGACAAUGUGCAGUUUGUGAUGCUGGGCAGCGGCGACACGGACCUAGAGGCGUGGAUGACAUGGGCGGAGGGCGCAUACCCGGACAAGUUCAGGGGCUGGGUGGGCUUCUCCGUGCCCAUGGCGCACAGGAUCACAGCUGGCUGCGACAUCCUGCUCAUGCCCUCGCGCUUUGAGCCGUGUGGCUUGAACCAGCUGUAUGCAAUGCGGUACGGAACGGUGCCAGUGGUGCACGCCACCGGCGGGCUCAGGGACACAGUGGAGGAUUUCAACCCGUUUGCCAACGGGGGCGCAGGAGCCGGCACCGGGUGGUCGUUCUCGCCCCUCACCAAGGAAGCCAUGAUGGGGGCCUUGUGGACGGCAAUUCAGACAUUCCGCGAGCAUGGGGACUCAUGGCAAGGGCUGAUGCUGAGGGGCAUGACUCAGGACAUGUCGUGGAACCGGGCGGCGCAGCAAUACGAGCAGAUCUUUGAGUGGGCCCUGAAGGACAAGCCGUAUGCUUGAUUGCUAAUAAACACUCGGUUGGCUUGCAGAAUCUAAUUGUUUUCGCUUGGCUUUUCGACAUGUUAUUUGUCCAUUAGUGAUUCGAUUGUAGCCUCAAUGAUGGUAGUAGUGUGUUGGCUAUAAAGUUGGGUUCAUCCGCAACAUAUGAUAUGCGCAAUGUAGGUACAAAUUCAUGCUCAUACUGGCCUGACUA